AUGGCGGGCGCCGUCCCCUCCACCGGGGCGUCCGAGGUCGUUACGUGCCCGAGCACGCUGACAUCCCCGGUAAAGAUCGAUCAGGAGUGGCCGACCACUACGUCAUCUGCCACGCACACUACCCCCGCCCCGCAGGCGCCGAUGGCGACGUUGUGCACUCUUGCAAAAUCAUCAGCGGCCACGACACCGGUGACGGGUAGCACCCGCGCUGUCUCUCAGCCCUCCCCUGUCUUCACUAUGUCAGCUAUCCACCGCUUCUUGUGCCGCAGCAGCAUCAUGGUCCCGUUCAUGGCAGAGCGUGCAGCCAAGGAGGUGGUUGUGCUUCCGCCGCCGAUACAUCGCUUCUACCGCCAGGCGGACGAGGCUCGGCGCUCGCUGGUUCGGCGAGCAGACUUCCUCGCCAGCUGCAGCGACAAUGAGCUGGCAGCGACGAAUGCGGAUGGCUCUGUGAGCGCCGACCGUAAAGCGAGUACCAAGGUCGACCCUCCACGCGGCGACGUGUUCAACUUUACCUGGACCACAAAAGAGGUGAAUGCAAUGCGCAUGCAGCAGCGUGAGUACCUGCGCAAGCAGCGCGGCAGCCCUCACGCACCGGUUCUGGUGAGGAUGAAUGAGCUGGUGUCUAAUAUUCUGAACGAUAGCGAUUGGGAACAGAUGGAAAAGGCGAGUCCCACCGUUGCAACUGUCGCCGCGCCGGCUGUGCGAGCCGAUGUAGCGAACAUCGUGGCUGGCCUCUGCACGCGCGCCAUCCCCCAAGCUGAGUACAUCCGCAGUGUCUUCCAGUACCGCAUGAGCGUCCUGCAGAAGCGCAUCAACGCGGUUCCGACCGGAGUGGUAGUCCCCUCUGUCGUGCAGGCUACCAUGACGCUAGACGAGCUGUCGGAGAGCCACAGCGGCGAGAGUAUCCCGAAGUACAAGAAGGGAAAGGCCACCUCCAAAAAGGUGUUGUCGCCCACUACGGCGCCAACUGUCACCUUCCCGCAUCCCGGGGUGCCUUUCACAUACCAAGAUCUUGCGCAAGACCCCCUACUGCUGACGGCUGAGCAGCGCGCCGACCGCCGCGCGGCGCUGCUUCACCGGCGCACGCUGUCUGAAGAGGUCUAUGGCCAGCCUGUCCCGUACAUAUGA